AUGAGCUCAUCGGACAAGGAAUUCAGGGAUCAGUUGGGCAAAUUUCGCUUGGAGAACAACUACGCUUCAUGGCCCCCUCAACCUCAGGAGUCGGAAGUCUCCAAUCCCCGCAGCAAACGAGUGUCCACCGCUUGUGACUUUUGUCGCAAAAGAAAGAAGAAAUGCGACUUUCGAUACCCCAAUUGCACCGCCUGCACGCGCGCCGGAGUCCGAUGCACAAUUCCCCCACCGGGUCCUCAAGUUGCUAGCGCCUCCGUUCCCCGGGAUCAAUUGGAGAAUUUACAGAAACGAGUACGAUGGUUGGAGGAGGUCGUCAAACGCAAGUCGGGACUCUCCGUGGCAGAAUUACCGACAGGGACCCCAGUCGAGGGCGAGGGAGACCCGGAUUGGUGGUAUCGGCUCCCCGCGAUGGUUGCGACCGGCGGAAACACUUCUGCAGCCUCAGUGCCGAGUCCUGCCGGCAGUGGCUCCUCGGUGACGGCGGGUCCCUCGGAGGCGUCGACUGGAGUAGGCACCGAGCUACCCAACGUGGGCGAGAUCUUUCGCGACCAGCUGGAGCACCGCCGACCGUCGGUCGCACGACCAUCCUCCGCGCCGCGGGUUAUGCGCUUGGCAUCGCUGGAAGAAGCCGAGCGGCUUGCUGGACAAUAUUUCGAGAGUAUGGGCUAUCAAUACCCGUUCAUAUCGCGCCCGGAGUUUAUACGCCAAUUGCGCCAUAUCUAUAGUGGUGGUGUUCCCUCCCCGGAAAUACAUAAUUUGUACCACAUCGUCAUCGCCAUAUCGCUUCUGAUCGGGUCGGCGGACCCGGAGCAAGCAGCCGAUUUUUAUAAUGCUAGCCAGGAAACGCUCCCACUAGCAUUACAGAAUGAAGACCUGCCGGCUGUGCGGGCACUGCUGGGGUUGGCCUUGUAUACCAUGUUUGCGACUGCUGGGCCCAGCAUUUGGCAUGUGCUGGGCGCGACCAUGAGGUUAGCGACCAGUAUUGGUUUACACAAGAGGCGGUCGUAUUCCAGCGUCGCUGAAGAAGAAAUGGCCAAGCGCGCUUUUUGGAGCCUUUAUAACUUGGAUCGCCUCAUUGCUAGCACCCUGGGCCGCCCAUUGGGCAUUGCCGACGAGGAUAUUAGUGUGGGCCUUUUGCGGGAGCUCAACGACGACGCGACGGAAAUGCCUGGGGCGAGCGGGAUGACGAUUCCACUACAAGUAAUACGUCUGCGGCGGAUCUUUUCGCGAAUCUAUCAAUACUUAUACAGCAGCCUGCCCCGACUGUCAUCUCAAGAAGCUGCCACUGCGCUCAGUCAAUUCCGCCGGGAGGUUGACGACUGGCGCAUGAAUGCUCCAGUGUAUCCGUCGGCACUUCUCUACUCCACCUCUUAUUACGACUAUCUCUAUUAUACAACAUUUCUCUUGAUGUACCGACCUAGCCCCCGCAAUCCGACACCCGACAUAACUAGUAUCAUCAGCUGUGGUGACUCCAGCAUCCAAGUCAUUCGAUCUUACUGGGACAGUUACUCGGUUGGCAAGUUGAAGUGGAUUUGGUUAACUUUGAGUCAGUUGUAUUUCGCAGGCAUCACUAUCCUGUGGUGUCUGGAGCAGAACGCACGCGCUUUGCGCGAGUCGCAACCUGCCCCUUGGCACCCCGAAGAACAGACGAUGCGUCGUGGCAUACAGGCUGUCAUCGUGCUUUUGGAAGAAUUCGGCAAGCGCCGUCCUGGCAUGGAGCGAUUGGCAGAGACAUUCCGACAUCAGAGCACGACAAUUUUCAGCCAAAUGGCCUAUCAACAGCAAUUAGACCAGCAAUCACAGCGCUCACAUCAACCGCUCCCUCCUCCCCCUCCCCCCACCUGCUCUCGUACCACCGCAUCCCUCCAUGUCUUUGGCUGCACCUACUCCCCCGGUUCCACUUGCUCCGGUUCUUGA